CCUACAGUCCUAAUUGCGACACCGCAGAGGAAGAAAAGACGUGACGUAGCUGUAGUCGAGUGUAAAAUGGCGACGGAGAUGCGUUAGUCAAAACACAAGCGACGAGAUUGAAAAGCUACGGAGGAAAGCUUCACCUUUACAAGGGGAAAAUCAACGUUUGAUAUAUUCAUAUCUGUGGUGGAUCGUACUAAGGUUCAGUCAUGACCGAGCAGCCCAGCACCACCCCGGAGGGCAUCGUGGGCCUGGAUGAGCCCAAGAAGAUGACCAGGGAGGACUGGAGGAAGAAGAAGGAGCUGGAGGAGCAGAGGAAGCUGGGAAACGCUCCAGCUGAGGUGGACGAGGAGGGCAAGGACAUUAACCCUCACAUCCCACAGUACAUUUCAUCAGUGCCAUGGUACAUCGACCCGUCUAAAAGGCCCACUUUAAAGCAUCAGAGACCACAGGCUGAAGAAGAGGCGCAAUACUCAAACAUUGGAGAGUGGUAUAAGAGAGGAGUGCAGGAGAAUGCUUUGACCACUAAAUUUCGUAAAGGAGCUUGUGAAAACUGUGGUGCCAUGACGCAUAAAAAGAAAGACUGCUUGGAGCGUCCCAGAAAAGUUGGAGCGAGGUACACGGGCACAGGAAUAGCUCCAGAUGAACACUCUCAGGUCCUGCUUGAUUUGGACUACGAUGGGAAGAGGGAUCGCUGGAACGGUUACGACCCCGAGGAACACCAGCGCAUUGUGGAAGAGUACGCCAAAGUAGACCUGGCCAAAAGGACUCUGAAGGCACAGAAACUUCAGGAUGAGUUGGCGUCUGGAAAACUGGACCAAACUGAGUGGGAACAUGACAGCGAGGAUGAGGAUGAAGAUAAAUAUGCAGAUGACAUUGACAUGCCUGGUCAGAACUUUGACUCCAAAAGAAGAAUUACUGUCAGGAAUCUGCGUAUCAGAGAAGACACAGCUAAAUACCUGAGGAAUCUGGAUCCAAACUCAGCCUACUAUGAUCCCAAGACUCGAGCUAUGAGAGAGAACCCGUACUCCAACACUGGCAUGAACCCUGAUGAAGUGGGGUAUGCUGGAGACAACUUUGCUCGCUACAGUGGGGACACAAUCACCAUGGCUCAAACGCAAUUGUUUGCCUGGGAGGCCUACGAGAGAGGAUCGGAGGUUCAUCUGCAGGCCGACCCCACCAAGCUGGAGCUUCUCCACUUGUCCUUCAAAGACAAAAAAGAGGACUUUAAGGAGCAACAGCGGGAGAGCAUCUUGGAGAAGUAUGGAGGUCAAGAACACUUGAACGCUCCACCACGGGAGCUGCUUCUGGCCCAGACAGAGGACUAUGUAGAGUACUCUCGUCACGGCGCUGUACUGAAAGGACUAGAGAAGGCUGUCGUCCGCUCCAAGUACGAGGAGGACGUGCUUAUCAACAACCACACGUGUAUUUGGGGCUCUUACUGGAAGGACGGCUACUGGGGCUACAAGUGUUGUCACUCCAUGGUCAAACAAAGUUACUGCACAGGAGAGACUGGAAUUACUGUAAACAGCACAGACUGUGUUCCAUUUGAAGAGGGUCUGACUGAACCACAGGAGGAAGAAGAGCCCAAGACUCUGCUGGAGAUGCAUCGUGAUAAGAUGAUGAAAGAGAAAAAGAAGAAAAAGAAGAGCAAAAAGAACAAGAAGCGCAGCUCUGACAGCAGCGAUUCAGAGGACGAAGAGAAGAAGAAGGAGAAGUUGAAGAAGGCCCUCGAAGCAGAGGACAAGCAUAGAAAGCACAUAGAUGCAAUUAUGCAGAUCGAUGAGAGGAAGAGGCCGUACACCAGCCUGCAGGAAGUGAAGGCGCCCACCGAGGAGGAGCUGGAGGCCUUCCGCAUGAAGCGCUGCCGGCCAGAUGAUCCCAUGGCAUCCUUCCUUGGACAUUAAACGCCUCCUUUCCGGGUGACUCUCCUAGACUCUCCCCAUGGACUCUACCAGAGCAGUUGCUCGGUGAAAUGAAAGUCUCGGAUUCGUUAAACCUUUAACUUGUAACUUUAAGCAGGAGACUUCUCUCUGGGUGUAAAUGCUACAGAAAUUGUGUAAAAGUGUUUUGCUAUUUCAUUUUUGUAUUUGAAGGCACUGGGGGUCAGAGGACAGUGUACAGAGGACAGUAAAUAUGUGUACUUUUCUUUGUACUUAUUCAGUUCAAUGGAAAACAAAUGUAACAACUUUUAAACACAUUUCAGUCUAAAACAAAGCAGAGCCACCCUCACGCUAAUUUCAGGAAUUACUUUAACUGGGAUUAAUGCAUUUUUAUAAAUAAAAUAUAUUUGACUACA